AUGGAUCCUCUGAGUGCCGUUGCGUCUAGCAGAGCACUGGCACGGGCCAUUUAUGAGACGUACACGACAAUCCACACCAUCAAGGGCCGUCCCGAAGCGUUUGACAGGGUCAACAAGAGCCUGCAGCUUAUUCAACUGGCCCUUUGGAAGAUACAAACCCACCGCUCUGGUCCCAGUGCCGAUGCUUUGCUGGCAAACGCCAUUCGGCCAAUCGCACGCCGGUGCGAACAGAAGAUCAGGGUGCUUCACGACAUUUUUGUCAAUUUGCAGCAUGGUUUGGGGAGCGAGUCCUGGCAGAGACAGACGUGGGCGGACCUUGGCCAUAACUGCCGCAGUGUCCUUCUCGAGCUAGCAGAGGGAAACAAAGUCGAAACCCUCAUGAAGGAAAUCCUGGCGGACUUGGCCAUCGUGGACCAGUACCAGACAUUUGGCGUGGCCACCGAGAGCCAGGUAGCACAGUUGCAGAGGAAGAUGACGGAGAUGUCAACGACAAAGCCCGUCACGGCGGACGCGGGCCUCGCAUCACCAAAACCGCUUAUUGCUGGUGGAGGAACAAGUUACCAGAACAAUAUCUAUGGUCGGAACCACCAAGAAAUCUCGGGGAUUGGGCACCAGGAGAUCGAUCCCGGCGCUGGCAAGUCUGUCCUGGCGCGACAUCUCGUGGACACCAUAUUGCCUCGAGAACUCGCAUCCAGCUUGAUCUGCUAUUUCUUCUUCAAAGACGAGGAUGACGGCAAGCGAUCGGCUAAAAGUGCGUUGCGAUGCAUGCUCCAUCAGGUCUUUGAGCAGAGACAAGAGCUCCUUUCUGACAAAAUCGUCAACCGAUUUGGGGGCGGCGGUGGUUACGAGACCAACUCCUUGGCCGAUACUUGGGACAUCUUCAUGCAAACACUGUCGCAAAGACUCCCCAGCGAAGAACAUCUGAGCGUUGUCUGUGUCAUCGACGCCCUGGACGAAUGCGAUAGCGGUGAGCAGGCCGAGCUCAUGAGGAUACUGUGCAACUACUACGAAGUACUCGGUCACGAUCCUCGAUUCAGCAUCAAGAUGCUCAUCACCAGUCGGCCCUACAGCUCAAUUCGCAAAGGCCUUCAUCCUCUGGAAUCGAAUGGGCUCUCCCUUAUUCAUUUGAGGGGUGAGACGGACGAGGAGGUCGAGAAAAUCAAACAGGAGAUUGAUCUUGUCAUCCAGGCUGAGGUCGACCAGCUGCAGUCUUAUUUUCAGCUCGACGCUACCGAAAUGGAGACGUUGCUGGCCGGGCUACAAAAAUUCGACAACAGGACCUAUCUCUGGGUUCAUCUCACACUGGACGUCAUCAAAGCCCAGUUCGACGAAGAGAUGGAUCUGGCCACCAUUGCAUCGAGUCUACCACCUUCGGUUGACGCGGCAUAUGAGCGAAUGCUCUCAAGCAGCCCCGACAAGGAGAAGGCCAAACGGCUUCUGCAUUUUCUUGUUGCAGCAUUGCGGCCCUUAACAGUCGAGGAGCUGAAUUUUGCGCUGGCUUUGCUACCACACCACCGCAACUAUGAUGAGGUGGUGAUGAUACCGGAAGCACGGUUCCGUGAACGCAUCCGAGAGCUCUGCGGAUUACUUGUGACCGUCAUUGACUCUAAAGUGUAUCUUCUGCACCAAACGGUGAAGGAAUUCCUCGUGUGGGACAAAGACAUCGACAGCGAGGAGACCUCGUCAACACACGGACCUCGCUUGAAUCGCAACAAAUUAUAG